ACCUGAUUUAGUUUACCUAAUCAUAGUCAUUUAUGUUCUUAGCAUUUCUCACGUACACGCAUUUAUAACAUAUAGUUAAUCUCUCUUAACGCGCGUGUAAUGACCGAUAUGGUUUAUGCGUAACUGUAAAAAAGUGUGGGAAAGAUUAUGCUUCUUUUGACUGGUCUAAGCCACCUUGAGAUGAUAUUCAUCCACAUAUGCACACAAAAAGUAAAACUUUCUUUUCUUGAUAAAGAUGGUGGCUAAUUUUGAGAUCUUUAGCAGAAUUCAACCUCAUGAAUACUUGAAGAAGUUUCUAAAUGAAAAAGUGAGACCAGAUGGAAGAGUUCUUGAACAGUUCAGAAAAACUAUGAUUACAAAAAACGCCAUAUCAACAGCCAAUGCAAGUGCAAUGGUUCGAUUAGGAGGCACCACUGUUGUCUGCGGUAUCAAAGCAGAAGUGAGUGAACCCAAGAUGAGCACACCUGGUCAGGGAUAUUUGGUGCCUAAUGUCGAGUUAUCACCCUUAUGUUCUUCCAAGUUUAAAGCAGGACCACCUUCUGAAAAAGCACAGGUAUUAUCAGAACUUAUCCAUCAACUUUACACAAAAUCAAAUGUGUUUCCUCUAGAGAAAUUAUGCAUUGAGGAAGGAAAGGCGGUAUGGGUAUUGUAUGCAGAUAUCGUAUGUUUAAACUAUGAUGGGAAUGUACUGGAUGCAAGCUUACUGGCAUUAUCGAUUGCAUUAAGAGACUUGAAAUUACCAAAAGCAGAAGUAACUCCUUCAAUGAUAGUAGAAGCAGAUCCUAAUGAGUUCAAUGAUCCUAUUGAACUAUCAAGAUUCCCUGUCCCAUCCACAUUUUGCGUGUUUAAUAAUCCAGAUGUUAUAUUAGCAGAUCCUAAUGAUACAGAAGAAAUACUCACCAAGGAGACAAUUACGAUUAUCAUGGAUUUAGAUUAUAAUAUUUGUAGAACAUAUAAAACUGGAGGAAAUACAGUCAGCAUAGAACAACUGAAAUAUUGCAUCAAAAAGUCAAAAGAGAGAGUAGACGAGAUAAGGCAACUGAUCAGUUCAGCGUAAAAUAUACACCAAGCAUACACACACACACAUUGGAUAUAAAUAAAAUAAACUUCUUGGCCUUAAAACUUGUAUCUUAAUGACUCCUUUUUUUUUCCCAUCGUACACACUCUUGC